UUCACAGCCAAGGACGGGAUUUCAUUAUUGCUGCAUUUCAAGGAAGUAGAAUUGCCUUCGGACAGUUUGGUGGUCAGGACAAGCUCCGUCAGCGUGGCGAUUCCUCCUGUAUCCUGGAUCACCUUGAAACUCUCAAUGUCGCUCAUACAGUAGGCUAGAACCUGCAGGGUCUCAGCAUGGAGGUCAGUUAAAUCCUGUAAAGGAAAAUCUUUUUUUUUUUUACUUUGGUCCAUAUACAGUAAAAGACAUACUCAAAAAGUAACACACUUACUAACCUUGUCAUUGAGGAUAUUGAUGAAUAUGUCGAACGCCGCCUCUUCCCUGAAGGUGCUUUGGGUAUCUUUGCAUUUGGCAGCCAGUUUAUGCAGUGUUUUCAAAGCCAGCAGCUGAAUGAUGCUGAACGCUGACUUGAGCAGCAGGAGUAGAUUACUUAUCCCGCGCAACUCCAUAAGAGCGGGGCAGAUUUGCUCGUCCUUCACAAACACAAACAAGAACAUUAAUAAUAAUAAUUGCCGCCUUUUGAGAGUUGAUAUUGGUUGGAUUUGGACUGACUUCAACCAAGUUGUAGAUGGUCUCCAGAGAAUUCUUCUGAACAUCUGGGUCUGAAUUGGAAAGGAGCUUGAGCAAUAGUGGCAGACCUUUGUUGUCAACGAUUUGGAGUUUACAGCAGGGUUCCGUGGACAGACAGGACAGGCACAGGGUCCCAAACUCGUGGAUGGCAGUGUCUUUAGAAAUAAUAAACAGGUAGUGAGAGUAGAAAUGUGUCAGGGUUUUGAUUCAUGUCGUGUUGACAAAACUAACCGUCAAGCGACAGCCUGCCAAUGAUUGAUGGAAUAACAUUAAUGUUUUGCAGGGUACUCCUCACUGUACCUUGAAGUAACCACAUCAUUAAUACUGAACUUAUCCAUUGAUGUAUUGAUACACUGAUUUUUUGACAUACUAUUGGUAGCCAUGACGCCCAGUCCAAUGAUUGCAUUGCGUCUGAUUAUCUUGUUGCUGUGAUUGAUGAGCUGACCGAGAGCCUCCAAUGCGCCAAGCUCCAUCAAAUUAACCUUGUUAGCAUCUCCUAACAGCAGGGGGAGACAAAAACAAUCUAGAUACCAAGAGAGCUAGAUGGCUCGUUCGCGAUAUACAGUAGUGUAGUUUUAUGCACCUUCCUCAGCAAAUUCGUAGAUGGCUUCACAUGCUACGAUUAAAAUGUCUUCUUCAGGUGAUCCCAGAAGAAGAACUGCAGUUGCCGGCGUUUUGAAUUCAACGCGAAGCGAUUCAAACUGAAAGAACAAAGUCGUAAUGCGAUAGCUGAUAUGUAAAUGUGCAUCAGGAAGAAUGCACUAGGAGAAACCAGGGUGAUCCAGGCUUCAGCAGCGAAUGAGGACACAGACCCUGCAAAGCCUAAAGCUGCCUGUCAACUCCCCUCUGUCGAGCUGUCACUUUGACAGCAGCAGCAGCAGAUGAAGCAGGGAGAGUGCCGUGCACGGAUUGAGCUCACCCGUCGACUUGACGUUAAAGGCAUCCUCUUCAUUGCGUCUUCAACGGGGCGGCGACAUUAAGGACAGCGGCUUUCGGCAUCCCUACGGACGGAGCACGUAGGAGGAAAAGGCUUUAGCCAAUUGCUAAUCGGGCUGCUAGUGCUAAUGCUAUCCAGAUAGCUUGCGGUCUGGCUUGGUAUAAUAGCAGGUGUGAGGCAAGGCAAUCCCCGUUGGCGCAUUUAGCAUCUGCUAACGUUAGCAUAAUAAAACUAUCAGGUUUCCAGUGUGCUUUCAUCAUUUUAUUCCCAUGCAACGUUCAUUUAACCUAUAUCACUGCUAGCUAGCAUGCUACGGCGAUGCUAACGCCAGCUCAGUGAGGCUUGACGUCGCAGGGGCGAGCCGAUAAUGCGGACUGAUGGACUGUUAGCUUCAGCAUCACAUCCUCACCACGUUUAGUCCUCGUCUAGAUCGGGCCUUAUGCUUUUCGCCAGGCUGUGGUGGACAUUUGAUGAAGACAGGGAUUAGAACACUGGCUAAAUGAAUAGCGCCGUUAUCGACUGAGUCGUGAGGUGGUGCUGGAGUGCGUUUUUGAAGAUUAACACUGCAGUAUCCAUAACCGGUUUGCAAAAGCAUGGCUUCGGCGAGCAGCAUUGCCGCAUCCAUUGCGAGCAAAACUAAGACCAAGAAGAAACACUUCGUCGCUCAGAAAGUCAAGCUCUUCCGUGCCAGCGAUCCUCUACUCAGCGUGGUUAUGUGGGGAGUCAACCAUUCUAUAAAUGAGUUGAGCCAUGUUCAGAUUCCCAUCAUGCUCAUGCCAGAUGACUUCAAGGCCUACUCUAAGAUUAAAGUGGACAACCAUCUAUUCAACAAAGAAAACAUGCCUAGUCAUUUCAAAUUCAAGGAGUACUGCCCCCUGGUGUUUCGAAACCUCAGAGAGAGGUUUGGCAUCGAUGACCAGGAUUUCUUGAACUCCCUGACACGUAGUGCUCCCUUGAACAGUGAGGCCCAGGGAAGAAGUGGGGCCCGUUUCCAUACCUCCUAUGACAAACGUUACGUCAUCAAGACCAUCAGCAGUGAGGAUGUGGCGGAAAUGCACAACAUUCUAAAGAAGUACCAUCAGUUCAUCGUGGAGUGCCACGGCAACACGCUGCUGCCUCAGUUUCUGGGGAUGUACCGGCUCACCGUGGACGGAGACGCAACCUACAUGAUUGUUACGCGCAACGUCUUCUCGCACCGCCUUUCCGUCUUCAAAAAAUAUGAUCUUAAGGGUUCCACUGUGGCACGAGAGGCCAGCGACAAGGAAAAGCAGCCGCCCCCACCAGAGGAUGUGCCCCCGCGGCCCAAAUCUGGUAACGUUCAGCAAAGGCUGCAAACACUGCGGAUCGCUACGCGCUUUUACUGCGCCAUGAAACACGUAAGAGAUGCGAAGGAGCUGCCGACCUACAAGGACAACGACUUCAUCAACGACGGGCAGAAGAUUUGUAUUGAUGACGAGAACAAGAAAAUGUUUCUCGAGAAGCUUAGGAAAGAUGUGGAGUUCCUGGCACAGCUAAAGCUCAUGGACUACAGCCUGCUGGUCGGGAUUCACGACGUCGAGCGAGCCGAGCAGGAAGAGGUGGAGAGCGAGGACAACGAGGCCGAGGAAGAGGGCGGCGAGAGCGACGGAGGAGCCAUCGGGACCCCCCCUGACAGUCCCAGUAACACCCUGGACAGCAAUAAGCCUCUGUCGCCGGGAGAGUUUGAUCCCACCAUUGACGUCUAUGCCAUCAAAAGCAGCGACUCUGCUCCCAGGAAAGAAGUUUACUUCAUGGCCAUCAUAGAUAUCCUGCAACAUUACGAUGCCAAGAAGAAGGCUGCUCAUGCCGCAAAGACAGUCAAACAUGGCGCCGGAGCGGAGAUCUCCACAGUGAACCCAGAGCAGUACUCCAAGAGGUUUUACGACUUCAUCAACACUAUUUUGUCAUAGCCCCCAGGGGCACCAGGAGGCGCUGAGCCUCACAGGGAACGGAGGGAUGGUGCAGUGGAGUUCUCGGGUGGAGAAUUAAGGUGCAGCAAUGUCUUUGUAGGACUCCUUCUUGCCCAUUUUCCCAACCCUUCCCUGUUUGGCCUUCCCCUCUUAACAGUGUGGGCACCACGCUCUGCAGCAGCUAAAAACAUUGUUCGUUUACAUUUAACCUCUCUUGAGUUUUAUUUGCAUUUCUACCGACCUUGUGGAAAGCAAACGUGUAAUUUGUUGUCAUUUUGUGGAAAUGUGGCUUUUUAUUUGUUGCUUCUCGCACAUCAUCGUGGUGUUUUUACGUCCAACUCACCCUAAUGACAUAUGAGUCAGUAAUGAUGGGGGCGGGAGGUCAAAAGCAGCGCGAUGCGGCAUUUUAGAAAGUCGGCAACAGUCUUCCAAAUGGUGUUUGGUAAGAACCAACAUUGACACACCCACCACCUCAGCCCGGCUUCGUCUCUUGUUCUUCUUGCUGCUUACCAUGCACACCCACGCUGUCUUUUGUCGUCUGCGGUUGUUUUGCGGAUUAAGUACGACUAAGGGAAGUAUCUUUCAAGAAUAUGCCGUGAAAAGUAACUUUCUUUGCGGGAGUCAUCUGCAGCCCUGAACAGCACCUUAUGAGUAAAAUAUUUUUAAAAAAUCUUGCACUUUUAUUUGUCGUUUCAGUCCAUAUACACCUGUUCUGUUACAGCUAUGUAACUUACUUAUGUAGAAGAGCUGCAAGGGCUUACCUCCACGUGGAGACCAACCAGCAAAGUAUUAGAUUGGAACAAGAAGGUUUCCUACCGUGAACAAAAUAACCACAUUGCGUCCUUGCAUGUUUGCUAAUAGAGCAGAAAACCUAGCAUUAUUUUGUUGCGUUUUGAUGGUUGCUUCCUGCGAGAUGCUCACUUUUAUGCAAAAAACAAAAAGAAAAAAGACACACAAUCAAAUUAUACACGCACAAUUCACUCCAUCAUCCACGUUUUACACAUGCAGACAUUUCUCUUCACAAUAUGAUACAACCGUGAUCCCAAAUAUUGAUUAUCCACUCCCGUUGCGGUGCUUCCUGCAGAGGAAGAAGACAUGUUACCGCAGUAGUUUGUUUACAGAGCAUCUUACAAGGAACCUUGCCCCCGUCAUUACGUUGUGACAGUGCAUGUGUUUACUCCCUGCGUCGUGAUGACCACUCGGUCGGUGUGUUUCAACGUGGUAAAACAGAGCUGCAGCCCCACACGUCUGUGUUACAGUAACACUCAAAAGGUGUUUUUUGUGAAAUAAUAUGGGAGUUUUCCUUUUUGUGUUGGAGGGUUUUAGUAUAUUUUGCACACGAGGACAGGAACCAAAUGUUACGAACAACAAGCCCCAGUUAUUCAAUGCGGUCUUAUCAAGGGAAAUGCAAUAUAUACGUGUGUGCGUGUGUGAAAAGUGGUUUGUGCGCGUGACGUUGUGUAACGUAUAACCAAUUAAUACAAGUAACGUCGUCCUCCUUAACCUAUUUUAACCCCAACAGCUUCCAUCACGAUAUGUUUGUGUAGAUAUCAGAUUAUAUUCACAUUUAUAUUUUUACAUUGGAUUUAAGUCAUGAAUAUAGUUGUAUUUUAAAAGAAUUGCAAAAACGGAGCCACCCUCUGGGAUGAAUGAUGAUGGUGCUGUGGUAAAUGAAGAAUAAUUAUGCUUGAAUUUCUACAAUGUGCUUAAAACAAAAGUCAUAAAAAAAUGUGCAUGUCACAGGACUAAGUUUCCUUAUCUCUCUAGUCGGUGGUGUUGCCUGUUCAGGUUCCUUUUUGUGUGUGUGUGUCCCUGUGUGAGCUGUUCUCCGUCAUAUAGGCCCCCCCCCCCCAAACACACCAUGCUUUAACUGUUUUCAUUGUUACACUGUGCAAGAUGUGUGCCUUUAUACUCCGAAAUUAUUUAAUUUUAUAUUUUGUAAUCUUUUUUUUUUAAUAAAUGUCAAAUGUUAUUUUGAUAAUAGGGUGUUUACAUUGCCCUUCACACCCCCUCUAUGUAUGUAUAGACUUGUUCAUGUUUUUAAAUGUUCAACCAUUUGAAUGAUGGUGUUUAAACCAACUAAAACAAGCUGUGUCCCGCUUUGAGAUGCUGGUUAAGUUGAAUUCAUCUUUGCAAUUGUUCUCUGCCUUUUUAAUCUGUGUGUGUGUGUGCGUGUGUGUGUGUUUAGCGUGUGUGUUGUGAUUGCGUCGUGUUGUGAUCGUUCUGCCUGUCACCCGUCUUUUAUCAUAUUUUUUGGUUGUGUAGCUGUUUGUUUCUCACACUGACUUAUGUUUUCUUGCUUCAGCUUCCCUCCCAAUCAACUUGUUGUGUCACAUAGUACACACACUUGGUUAUGUGCUGCAAAAAAAAAAAAAGUUUCUCUUUCACUUUUUAGAUUGCUCUUUUUGGCCCUGGAGGCUUCUUCCUUUUCCACACAAGUGGAGACAGCAGUGCAUGCAGGGAGAAUGAGUAUUUGUUUUAUUGUGUUUUCAUUAUAAGCCAGACUUCAGCCGUGACACCUUGCAAUGCAAUUUUUUUGUCUGCUUGUGAAUGAGCUCCUCCUGCUGCCUCUGCCAACUUGCCAAAAGCAUUUUUUUCCAGCAAACCAAAUGAGCUCAACAUUGUCAUUUAUCAAAUGUGUCUUUUUUAUGCACUGGGAGAUGAAGAGGAUGGAAGACACCUUGUGUUGCAAAUAACUGGAGGACACCAACCUGCAGAGAUUUAAAAUGUCCUUUAUUUGACUUUGAAGAUUCCAAAUCUAAAUUUAACCAUUUGCAUUAAGGAAUUACAAAAGCGGGGCCGAAAAAAAUGGUUUAAGCAUUGUGUGUGUGAUGUGUGUGUUUGUGUGAAUGUGAUCAGUGCUGUUCAGUGGCAUCAAGGCCAAAAAAAAUGUUUAUUCUUCACAUUUAAUGAUGAUAAUACAAUCCAUUCCAUAAGCAUUCACUCAAACCAAUAAAAGCACUUGUUUUGCUUGACUAAAA